AUGGGACCGAUCGAUCCGCUUUUUCGUAUUUACCAACCGCGGUAAAAACAAAAUCAAGAGUGAGAGAAUUAAUAAGGAAAGAUGGAUCCAGGUGCCACUGUCAAAGAAGUGUUUUCAAAAUGUCAGCAUUCAACGCAGAAUAAAGCGCAGCUCCAGAAAGAGCUGUUGGCAUGCCACGAUAAGAUGGGAGAUGAUAACUUUUAUAAGGAUUUUAUUCAUCACUUGAAGUAUUUGAUGAUAGUCUACGAACAGGAACCAGCUGUGGAGAGGAGUAUCGACUUUGUAACAGAGUUUAUUGCAUCGUUUCAUCCAAGCAAGAAGGACAUAAGUGAAGACAAAAGUGAAGAGUCAAGUGGAGAUGAAAUGCAUCCAUUCAUUCUAAAGUUUUUCAAUUUCCUUCUCAAGUCUCAUGGUGCGCGUGAUCGGGCCGUGCGUAUGCGUUCAUGCCAGAUCAUCAACAAGCUGCUGAACAACCUUGGCGAUGCACAGAUUGAUGACGAGCUAUUUGAGGGCAUCUAUCGAGCAAUGUUGGAGCGUGUCAAGGACAAGUAUCCGGUUGUAAGGGUGCAAGCUGUGACCGCACUCAUCAGACUGCAGGACCCCAGUGACACCGGUUGUCCUAUAAUCGCAGCGUAUAUAUUUCUGCUUGAGAGAGACCCGAACGCACAGGUGCGCAGAACUGUUCUCUCUGCUAUAGCUACAUCGAAGAAGACAGCGCCUGUUAUCAUUGGCAGAACUCAGGACGUGAGCACUGUCGUAAGGAAGCAUGCAUAUAAGGUGUUGGCAGAAAAGGUUCAUAUUAGAGGACUACCUAUUGCGAAGAGAGUUAAACUCUUAAAAAGAGGACUCUGUGAUAGAUCAAGUGCGGUGAAGGAGGCGUGCUCACAAGGGCUCCUACAGAGCUGGCUGCGCAUGUGCAACGACAGCGUCGUUGACCUUCUGCGCUGCCUGGACGUCGAGAAUUCCUGCGAGGCAACCGAGCUCAUCAUGAAGAACCUACUGGGUGACGUACCGGCCAAGGAGCUCGCUGAGAAGUUUCUACCGCUGCUUAACGAAAGCCUGGUGAUCGAAGAGGCUAACCUCAAUAGUGAAGUUGCCACCUACUGGCAGUGUGUGUGUUCACACCUCAAGUCCCUGGGCGUGACCGGAGAGGAGCAGAUGGAACGACUUCUGCCUGACCUAACUCAGUUCUGCAACUACAUGCGGCAGUACGUUCUAGCUGAACGCGCAGAGCGUUCGGUGGAAGAUACACUACAGCAAUCCUACAUAUCGCAGCAGCUGCUUACGAUUCUGUCUCUGUAUGACUGCAGUGACGAAGCCGGCAGGAAGGUGCUGUGCGCUCUUGUCGACGAGCUGCUGGUGUCGCCGGCGACCGACGCCACGCUCGUCAAGGGUCUGAUGAGUCAGCUGUGCGUGCUGCGCGGCGAUGACGCGGCGCGCGUGCAGUACGUCGUCGAGCUGAUCGCCGACGUGCGGCAGCCGAUCGCUUCCGCACCCGCCUGCCGCAUGUCCGAGAACGAGCAGCGAGAGCGCGACCUGAAGGUUGCCAAGUUGCGUGUCAUGUUGAUGGAACGUAGAGACGAGCUGGAGGACAGCAUUAAAGAGCAAGACUUCGUACGAGCUGCUCAGCUAAAAGAAGAUAUCUCAGAACUUGAGCAGCAAAAGGAAGAUCUCCUUGACCAACCAUCAAUUGAUUCUCAAGAGACACAAAUGGAAAAGGAUGAUGAAGCUACACUAAUGAAAGCACUUACCAUGGCAAAGGAACUCUUACAAAAGGUUACCAUCAGCACACUGACUCCUGCCAUGCACUCACUCUUGCAGACCUUGAUUUUACCAGCUGUACAGAGUGAGGACCCAGCACUAAGGCAGUUGGCUGUGGAGUGCCUUGGGCUGUGCUGUUUAAUAAGCAAGGAACUGGCAAGAACUCACCUGUUACUCUUCAUACAGAUAUUGCAGCUCGAUCAGGAAGCGUUGCAGGUGGCAGCACUGCAUGCCGUAUUUGAUCUCAUCCUGACGUAUGGCCUUGAGUCCUUCUGUGCGACUGGAAAGACCGAUGGCGAUAAGCGUGAUUCUGUAGAGGGCGCACAGCGUGUCGAUCUCGGGUUCGACGAUACUAGUGAGCGAGCGGUUUCGCCAGAUGCGGCGAGUGAAUCGCAGCUUGGUUCAGAUGGAGUUCCUGUGGAUACUGCCACCAGCAUCAUAUGCAUUCUCUCUGAGCUUCUCAACAGUGAGAACCUGGAGAUAAGAACGCUCACUGCGGAGGGCAUGGCGAAGUUGAUGUUGACGGGCAGGGUGACGUCACCCAAGCUGCUGUCACACCUGCUGCUGCUCUGGUACAACCCAGUGACAGAGGAUGACACGUUACUGAGGCAGUGCCUUGGUGCUUUUUUGCCUGUCUUUGCAUUUGCCAGCAGAGCUAAUCAAGAGUGCGUAGCGGAGGCAUUCCUGCCCACACUACAGACCCUGUUUGACGCUCCGCUCUCGAGUCCCCUUGCCGAGGUGAAUGACACCAACGUUGCAAAGCUAAUGGUGGAUCUCACAUGUUCAUACUACCUCAGCGAAGCGGCGAAACGAGGCGUAGACGCUGCUGCGGACUCCAUUCAUGACACGCUGGCAGUGAAGAUAUGCAACCAGAUACUCAGUGACCCCGAAUCGUUUGGUACGCUGACGCUAUGUAAGGCCCUCGGCUACCUUGACCUGAAUAGCAAUGCAAGCAGCGUGGCAAACGACCUGAAAGUGUUAGCCGAAGAUAUGCUCAAUGUGGUGAGUGGCAGACAAUGCCUGCGGUUGCUCGAAAAAUUCUCUUCGGUCGUCAGCAAGUCUUCCCAGACGAACGCUGAAGACGAGGGCGAUGACAAGAGUGAUGGUCAAUUGACAACCGGCGCCGACUGUCACAAUGAAGAAGAGGCUGAUGAUCGUCUACAGGGGAUGAAUACCGAUGCUGCUGUCACCAUUGUGCCGGAGAGUCCGGAUUCAGAGCGUGCUACUAACGACAACAAUAAUCAUGAGGAUGAUGUUGAUGAUGAUGACGAGGGUAGUGGUGACGAUGCUGCUGCUGCUGAUGAUGAUAAUGAUUAUGAUGAUGAUGAUGAUGAUGAUGAUGAUAGUGAUAGCAGUAUACAUGACCGGUAGAUUUGCAUGAAUGACAAUGUAAUGGCUACAUUUAUGAAAAACAAACGUGUGGACACUGUUUGUUAUUUUUGCCCAGUAUAAUCUCUUGCUGUGCUGAAAGAAGAACAAGUAGAAUAGUAAGAUAGCCAGAAGCUUUCACAUUUAGGAAAAUAUCAGUAUGAAUUGGUAUUCUUUUCGUAUUGUGAUGUUCUCUGAACUGACAUUUGGACCUGAACGAAAACUGCUAGCUAUCUUCCCACCUUCUAUUACAAGUCAGCUUUACCUAUAGUUUAUGUACUCGUUUAUGGCAUGUUUUUUGUUUCAUAAUUCGAUUUUUGUUUUCUGGUUAAUUUUAUCACUUAUAACAUUCGAUUUAU